GUCUCUAUUUUAUUUUUAGCCUCUUGAAACUACUUUGUUGAUUUUAUUAAUUCAAGUUAAGCUAAGUUUCUAAUCGUUUUACACUUUAUAUUGGAGGGUAUUUAACUGCACUUAAGAUUAACUGUGCAGGGCUACAUUAUGCUACUUUUGUGCUGAUAAAACUGUUUUACUUGUUUUUACUAAACCUGUUCCAAAAUCACUGGUCUUCUUUACCUCCGUUUCUAUAUUGACAGGCCAGUCAGUUUGAAGAGCAUCCAAAACGUGGCAUUAGAGUUUUAUCUCUAUCCUGUAGGCUUAGGCCCCAUGCCAUAUUAUUUACAAAUCAACGCACUGAUUUAGGAGGAAUCACUUUUAAGAGGAUAUGCCCAUUUUGUAGGCUAAAUAUCCAAAUGGAUGACUGUUUUGAAAGCCCAUUUAUCCUGAUCAUUUACGCUAUUCUGAUAAAUCGGUCGGAAUAGACAUGCACUGUAGCAACAUAUUUUAUGGUAGCCUAUAAUUGUCACAAUAGGCUAGGGUUUGUACUACCAGACUCUUUGGUUCAUUGUUUCUGUUAUGUAAAUAUAACAUAAAACGUUGAUACAUUAAUGUCUCCUGUAGACUCUUUAUUACAGAUUUGUUUAUUGGCAUGAAUCAUAUUGCAGUUGAGUUGUAAACUCUCUUCCUGCACAUAACUUUAAGCGUAUGCUCAGUCCAGUUCCGCCACUUUGCGGAUGAGAUCAUUCCGUGUCUGGGGCAGGGAUCCCAGCUUUGUGCGGACGGACCACGCCCCGGCGUGCGGUGCAUCAGGCUAGGUUAGCACACAGCUGCUACAUCCGGGCGCUCGGCUCGGUUUACAAACCCUGCGAAGAUGGCGACUUCAGGGAGGAGUGCAUUAUUAUCCUCCACCUCAGCUGGGCCUAAGAACACACUGGAAAACUCUAACCCAGAGGAGGAUGACGGACAGGACUUAUGGUCCACCAUCCUCAGUGAAGUGUCAACCCAUUCAAGAUCUAAGCUACCGUCUGGGAAAAAUGUCCUGGUCAUGGGUGAGGUGGGGUCAGGAAAAACCACCUUGGUUGCAAAGCUACAGGGGGUUGAAGAGUACAUGAAAGGGCGUGGCCUGGAAUACCUCUACUUCAGUGUCCAUGAUGACGACAUUGAUGACCACACUAGGUGUAAUGCCUGGGUGUUAGACGGAGACCUUUACCACAAAGGUCUGCAGGGAGUAGCUGUGCCAGUGGAUUCGAUCGGCAACACGUUGCUGCUGAUAACGGUUGACAUGUCGCGGCCGUGGAACGCCUUGGACUCUCUCCAGAAGUGGGCUGCCGUCGCUAGGGAACACAUCGACAAACUUCGGCUCGCCCCAGAAAUGCUGCGAGAGCUGGAGCACAGACUUGUAAAACAGUUCCAGGAGUACACAGAGCCAGGGGAGGAUGGCACCCCGCAGAGGAGGAGUGAAGAUGAGGAGAGCGUGCUGCUACCGUUAGGAGACAACACACUCACACACAAUCUGGGAAUACCAGUGGUAGUGGUCUGCACCAAGUGUGACGCCAUCAGCACGCUGGAGAAGGAACACGACUACAGAGACGAGCACCUGGACUUCAUCCAGUCUCACAUCAGACGUUUCUGUCUGCAGUAUGGGGCAUCUCUGGUUUACACAUCAGUGAAGGAGAUGAAAAACCUGGACAUCCUGUACAAAUAUCUGGUCCACAGACUCUACGGCUUUCCCUUCCACUGCCUGGCACAAGUGGUGGAAAGAGAUGCUGUCUUCAUUCCAUCAGGUUGGGACAAUGAAAAGAAGAUUGCCAUACUUUAUGAGAACUUCCAGACAGUAAAAGCAGAUGACAGCUUUGAGGACGUAAUAGUCAAACCGCCCAUCAGAAAGAUUGUACAUGAAAAGGAGAUUCAGGCAGAAGAUGAUCAAGUGUUUCUGGUUAAACUACAGUCGCUGCUUGCCAAACAGCCCGCUGUGACAGCAGGACGGCCAGUGGACACCACCAGCAGGGCACCUACUGGUUCCCCCAGAACGAGUAAUCGCUCUGCAGCUGCCAACGUAGCAAACGCCAUGCCACAGUCAGGUCAGACCAGUGAGGGUGUGUUGGCCAACUUCUUCAACAGUCUACUUACAAAGAAAGCGGGUACAGGUGGGCCCGGGGCGCCAGGUGGCGGUAACAACACUCCAGGAACAGUCCGCAAGUCAGGUUCGAAGCUGGGCCUGGGCGAUGUACAAGCGGAGCUGGACCGCAUAUCCAGCCGGGAGACUGACUCAGACCUGCCCAACACCAAUGAAAUGCCUGCCACCGACGGUCAGGACACAUGAAGACUAACACUAUUCAUCCUUUUCCCCUUUUCUCCCCUCCUCCACCUCAGUCAUCCUCCACCUCCCUUGUCCUUCCUCCCUCCGCUCUCACCCUUCUCUCCAUCACAAAGAUGUCAGAAGAAAGAGGGACGUAGGAGGAAAAGCAGGGGUGGCCACACUGUUUUGCCUCUCCAUCGUCUUUCACUUUCUCUUCAAGGAGAAAAACUCGCCCUCUUCUCCCCUACCACUCACACCUCCCCCUCCCCCCUUUCUCUUCCUGGCUGUUAUGCAGAGGGCGAGUAUUUGUCACUGUUACAUACAAGACUGUCUGUUACGUGAGAGUAAAUGGAUAUUGGGGACCAGUGGGGGCGUGGAGGUUAGGUUAAAGUGAGAGGUGGGUUGAAAAAGGUUGGUUUGAUUACAAGAAUCAAAGUGAAGGCGUUUUCUGUUUUGUUUUGUUUUGUUUGUUUUUUUUUUUUCAUCAAUUUCUUGUGAUGGCGAAGUUACGAAGUUAGCAUUUUUACUGUAGGAACCGCUGAAGGGCGCAUGUUGAAGAAUCUGCACUUAGGAGGGGUGAUUGUGUGAUGGUGUGUUUAAUGUACGUGAGGGAAAUUCUCGCCUGGUCUGAGGAAGAGAUUGAGAACAAAAAAAAAAAUAAUCAUGCCUGAAACAAAAUUGUAAGCAGUCUUGUUUUUUAAGAUGAAGGGACAAACAUACCAGUACUUGUG